AGAGAGAGGGAGGCAGAGGGGGGGAUGGAGACUACUUAAAUUACAGGGUCAGAAUGACCAAAAAUGGUAUUUUCUAUAGUUCUGAAAGCCACUUUAUGGUCACAAAAAUGAGCCAUAGAGAAAUGAACUCUAUAAUUUGUAAUACAGGCAAAUUUCUAGUAAUUAGUCAGAUCCACUCUAAUCAGAAAUCAGUAUGCUUGAUGCAAUUUAUUUAUGUUCAUCUGAGAUACGUGCAUCUAAUCUCUUUGAAUGUUUCUGAUUUGUUUAGGUGUACUAUUCAUAUACUUCAUAUUAAAUAAAGUAAUAUAAGUGCAUUUUGAACUUUGGCAUUUACAAUAUAUAUGCAUCAAAAAUUUUGCUUUAAUUUUGAAUUAUGUUAUAGCUUUUUUCUGAAUUUUUGCUACUUGUUUAUUUAAAAAUUCUUAAAUAUACAAUUGAAAUUGCAUACAGAGGUGUACACGUCAAUGUAGUAGUAGACAAUGAAUUCUAAAUAACAUAAUGUCUAUGUAUGUUUUAAGACUAGGAUUAAUUUUCAACUUAACAAAAAAGAUGCCAUAAAACACCUGCUGCUAUUUUUGUUUUUGUUUUUGCAGUUUUAUGACUUGUUUGACAACCAGCGGCCAGUUCUCUUCCACAUUAACUUAUUGUAGAUCCUUCAAAGUGAUGAUAGGUAAACAGGUAACCAGCAUAUAGAAGCUUGUUUGGUGAAUCCGUAUCUUCAUAACAUUUUUUGGACAAUUGCACCCAGAUAUAGCAUGGGGCAUCCCUUAUUCCUUUGACUCAGACAGCUCUGUUGAGCCUGGUGUUAGUGCACACACCUGGAGUCCCCGUACCCUUCAUGGCAGAUUUCAGGAUCUCUUUGAGUACCCGAAGGACAUACUUCCUGAAACCCACUCCACGGAUGUGCUUGUGACUGUUGCCAGUGUGUUCUCUGUUCACUGCCUUGUUGGUGGCAGACUGUCCCUGCUUCUUCUUGGCACCCUCAACGAAAGGAGCCGUUCUGCUGGGCCCAAGUUGGAAAGCUAUCUGCUGUUAUUUUGUACUUUUAAAAUGAGGGUUGAAUAAAAAUUUUUCACUUUUUCAUUUGUAUUUGAAAGAUAAACUAUUCAAUAUCUUAACCAUUCUCAAAACUUCCAUGAUGAAGAUCUGUCAAAAUGAGUCAUUUCAUCUUCUGCCAAGAAUUUCAUCUUCUGCCAAGAAUCUCCAACUCUCCAAAGUGACUUCAUAUUUAACAUACGAUGUGAAUAAAAACACUGUAUACCCUACUACAAAAUGAAAGAACAAAAUAAGAGCUCUGUGGUUGAGUUCAUCCUCUUGGGCUUUUCAAACUUUCCUGAACUCCAAAAGCAGCUCUUUGGCAUUUUCUUGGUUGUUUACCUGGUGACCCUGAUAGGAAAUGCCAUGAUCAUAGUCAUCAUCUCCCUGGAACAGAGCCUCCAUGUUCCCAUGUACUUGUUUAUUCUGAACUUGUCUGUGGUGGAUGUGAGUUUCAAUGCAGUCAUUAUGCCUGAAAUGCUGGUGGUUCUCUCCACUGAGAUAUCUACAAUUACUUUUUCAGGCUGUUUUGCACAAAUGUAUUUCCUUCUUCUUUUUGGUGGAACUGAAUGCUUUCUUCUGGGGACAAUGGCUUAUGACAGAUUUGCUGCAAUCUGUCAUCCUCUGAGCUACCCAAUGAUUAUGAACAAAAGUGUUUUCAUGAACUUAGUAAUGUUCUCGUGGGCCUCAGGAAUCAUGGUGGCUACUGUGCAGACAUCAUGGGUGUUUAGUUUCCCUUUCUGUGGCCCCCGUGAAAUCAACCAUCUCUUCUGUGAGACUCCCCCUGUGUUAGAGCUUGCUUGUGCUGACACGUUUUUGUUUGAAAUCUAUGCAUUCACUGGCACCAUUUUGAUUGUCAUGGUCCCUUUCUCGUUGAUACUCUUGUCUUACAUUCGAAUCCUCUUUGCCAUCCUGAAGAUGCCAUCAACCACUGGCAGGCAGAAGGCUUUUUCCACCUGUGCCUCCCAUCUCACAUCUGUUACCCUCUUCUAUGGCACAGCCAGUAUGACCUAUUUACAACCCAAAUCUGGCUACUCCCCAGAAACCAAGAAACUGAUGUCACUGGCUUACACACUGCUUACGCCUCUGCUGAAUCCACUGAUCUACAGCUUGCGAAACAGUGAGAUGAAAAGAGCUUUGCUGAAGUUAUGGCGAAGAAAAGUAGACAUACAACACACUCUCUGACUGUGCUGGGAAGGCAUGAAAUAUUCAUCUGGUCACUGUCUGACUGAACUCUUUUAAAUUUAAUAAAUGGUGGAAAAGUUUGCAGUCUUAGCAUGAGUAUGUUCAAUUGGUUGGGUUUUUGAAGUCCAAUGAUAUGUCAGGGCUCCCUUUUGAUUGUGUACUGAUGUCAUUCACUUCUCAGGGGUAUAUAAGCUUUCAUAACAUAAAACAAAUACUUAUCAGUUCCUCUAUUAUGAUCAUCCAGGUCAUUUCUGAAUUAUUGUCACUAAGACAAAGCUCCAAUGAGCACCUAGU